AUGAGGAGAGAAUAUACCAAAAAGCAAUUCAAGAAUAAGUGGGAUGUGCUGAAAAAAGAGUAUGCUGUUUGGAAGACAUUAACCCAAAAGGCAUCAGGCAUUGGGUUUGAUCCUGUUACCAAGACUAUUGCGGCUAGUGAUGAAUGGUGGGCAAAUGAGAUACAGAGAAAUGAACUUGCCACCAAGUUUCGAUUUGCUCCACUAGAGGAUGAGAUCAAACUGGGAUGUGAAAUAGAUGCUACUUUUGUGACACCUAACAAAGCUAAAGGUCGAAAGAAGAGAUCAUGUCCUUAUUCACCUAGUCCUGCGAUGGUGCAAAAGAUUGCAAAAGAUAGUGAUGAUAGAAUGCAAUUUAAGCGUAUUGCUGACCUUUGGGAAAAGAGGGAGACUAGCCGCAAUUCGGCGACAUCUGAAAUGAAGGAGGAUCCUAUGAGAGAUGAGAUUAAGGAGAUGAAGGACAUGGUGGUGAAUGAUGGAGUCAAAUUUAUGUUCAUAUGA